AUGAAUAAUAAUGAGAAGGUACCUAACUACAUCUCUAGAGUAAUUCUGAUCACAAAUGAGAUGAAGUCGUAUGGAGAAACUCUCUCUGAAGAAAGGAUCAUUGAUAAGGUACUUAGAUCUCUUAGUCCUCAAUUUGAUUAUAUUGUUGUAGAAAUUGAGCAAUCUAAGGAUCUUAGCACCAUGAGAGUCGAAGAGCUACAAAGCAGUCUAGAGGCACAAGAGUUGCGUCUGAUUGAGAGAAACUCUGAAAUAGAGAAGUCAGAAACCUCAACUUCUGAAAAACAGAAGACUGCUCAAAAGGGGAAGGAGAAGUAUGACAAGAGGAAGGUUCAAUGCUACUGUUGUAAGAAGUUUGGCCACUUCGAUGCUGAUUACACUGGCUGCUCAAAUCAUCUUAUUGGAAAUGAGAAAUGGCUGGUUGAUUUUGACUCUAGAAAAAGGACAAGGAUUAGAUGUCCUGAUGAUAAAUACCUCAAUGUCGAAGGAACUAGAAAUGUCAGAUUAGUCAUGAAUAAUGGUAAAACAACAUUGAUUCAGAAUCUGUGGUAUGUUCCUGGCAGGAAAAACAAUAUGAUGAGUGUAGGUCAAUUAAUUGAGAAUGGAUUUUUCAGUUACUAUGAAGGACAACCUUUUGAAGUUGUAUGA